AUGGGAAGGAUACUUGGCCGCUUCUUCGUGAAUCCCCUCAAGCCGUUCGAGAAGCUGAUCAAUAUCAAGCUUUUCCUCGUCCUCCGCAUCAGAAUUCUUGUUCUUCUUCUUUCUGUACUUGGCAAAAUCCAGCAAGACGCCACACGCCUUGUCAGACAACUCCUUGCUGCUGGUAGUGCGCAUGAAGUGGAGAAGAGGCAGCAGCAAUUCGAAAGCAACCGUGUUACCCGCCGGCGCUUGCUUCUUGACGUAGACAUCGAUGAGGCCCAGAAUACGCCGCUUGAACGCCAUCAUCUCCGAGUCGGUCAUGUCCGAGUCUCCGUCAUCCGAAUCGGCCUCGUCGUCCUUGUCAAGACGAUGCGUUCCAAGGAUAUUGGCAAGAGCAUCGUCGUUCUCAUCACCAUCGUCUUCCCCUGCCUCGCCCGCCUCGUCGUCACUGUUCUGCUCCGAACCUUGAUCAUCUUCAUCUUCACCAGCAUCACCCAUGCCAAUGAACUCUACAUCUGA